UGAGCAGGGGCAGAAGGGGAAGGUGCUGCUGAGACCAUGAUGUCCCUGGGUGUCACUAAAGGAGGGCCCAUCCCGCCCACGGACGAGGAUCGCCGCAGGAUCAUCCGGCAGAUGAAGGUGCGCACCACCCUGCGGGGCGACAAGAGCUGGAUCCAGCACCACAACUCCGACUCGGACGAGGAGAAGAGCAGCCCCCGGUCUGGCCAGGCUGCUGGGACACCCCCAGCCCCCAAACCCACUGCUCCCCAGCAGGACAGGUCCUCUGCCCCCAAGCCCCAGUCUGGAUACCUCAUCAGGGGGGUGUUCACCAGGACCAUCGACAAAAGCUCCUCCACGCCGGAUCCUUCAGCUGCCAGCCCAGCACAGAAAAACACUGCCCUGAAGGGACAGAGCCGCUCUCCCUCUGGAUACAGGAUGACCACAGAGGACUACAAGAAACUAGCUCCGUACAACGUCCGGCAGAAAUCCGUGGAUGGGGAGGAGGAGGAUGUGCCUUUCUCUCCGGAUGAGCAUAAAAAGAGGACCGAGGCUGCCAACAGCGUCCUGCGGCGCUCGGCCGGCCGCGAGCGCGCCUACGUCCUGUCCGCUGCCAAGAAGAGCAACGGCAGCCCAGCCCAGGAAUUCCCACCCCUGUUUGCCAAGAGAAUUGAGAUAGAAGAGGAGGAAGGACAGCAGAGGAGGAGUCCGAGCGUGCCGGGUUCGUCCAGGGUUGCUCCGGAGAGCAGCAGUGCUAAUGGGCUAAGAAAAACCAGCCCUGGGUCUUCCUGGGAUGAGCCAAAGGCAGCAGCAGCCUCUCCCUCCAGCCCCAAACCAGGCAGCAGGAGCCAAGCAUCCCCAUCCCUGAGGGACACUGUGGGGACAAUCUCCACUUCUGCUGAAAUCAGGAAUGGUGAGGACAGGCAGGCCCUGAGUGGGAAAUUCUCCUUGGAAACGGCGUCCCAGGCUGGGGAUGGUGACAAAGCUCAGAAGGAAAAGCCUGAGAGGUUCCCGUGGGAUGAAGGGGCCCCCAAAGCCACCAGGGCUGCCACGAAUGGAAGUUUUGCUGAGCACACAGAAGCCAAGAAUGGGUUUUACCCACCAGAGUCCAGCUCUGGUUCCUGGCACUCUCCUGGGGAUGCUCCGGAGCUGCUCCGUCCCUCUGAGCCCUCCCAGGGGGACACCAGGUCAUCCUUGCAGCCUGAUGUCUCUUUUCAUCCCACUGAGAGAACCCCUGUGCACAUUGAGAACACAGAAUAUUCCUUUAAAAGCUCUGUCCUGGGCUAUGAGGAGAGGAGCAGCUCCACGAAUCCUGAGGGUCCAUCCCACCACCAGCCCUACUGGGAUGAGACAAGGUUUCUGGACUCAGUCAGCCUCACUGAGAGGGGCCAAGGAGCUCCUGGCCAUGAGAGCCCCCCAGAGCCCCCCAGGCUGAAGGAUCCCACUGAGCCCAGCAGGGCUGGGUCCAGCUCUGUUCCUGGAGGAAGCAGCAUCCCAGCUGCAGAGAUUCCACAUGCAAACGAGUCUGAGCCCUGCAGGGACAGCAGGUCAGAAUUCAGCCCUCAGGAGGGUGUUGGCAGUGCCCACGAGCCCCAGCCCCCCGUGCCCCUGUUCCAGGAGCGCCAGCCCUUUGGGGGCUCUGUGCCCAGCCACAGGAUCCCAGGCUAUGUGGACAGCCAGGUGUUCAGCGCCAGGAGCAGGCCCAGCCCAGAUCCCAAAGGGAAUGUUUAUGGGAGCAGCAGCCCCAGGAGCAGCUGGUAUGACAGUGCCAGGGGGCUCGGGGACUUCAGCCCCCCUGCAGGACGCCAUGACUCCUUUCCCAGAGAUCCCACCAUGUCCAUGUCCCAGAGAAGCCACAGGGUGCCGUUCUACAUGGACAGCUUAAACUCUAACAGCUCCAGGCUCCUGUCCAGCUCCAGUGAGAGGCUCUGCAGCUCCCACCACAGCUCUGGGUACCAGCCUGACUCCAGCUCUGCCGGGAGAGGGAUCCUCUUCGUCAAGGAGUACCUGAACACCGGCGGCUUUGCGGCCUCGCCGCGCCACGGCAGUGGCAGCCUUGUGGAUCUGAGUGACCUGGAGAGAAGCAGCUACAGCCACCACAGUUACCUGUCCAGUGCUCCCCUGCACAGGUCCAGCGAGCCCCUGUGCAGCUACUGCAGCCGGGAGAUCCGAGACUGCCCCAAGAUCAUCAUCGAGCACCUGAACAUCCACUGCCACGAGUACUGCUUCAGGUGUGGAAUUUGCCACAAAGCGAUGGGAGAUCUCCUGGAUAAAAUAUUCAUCCACCGGGACAUUGUGCACUGUGACAAGUGCUACGAGAAGCUCUUCUAGGGCCCUGGAGCUGGGAAUGCAGCCCGAGCCCGGCGGCACGCCCGGGAACAGCGCAGCUCUGACCGGCUGAGAUUGCACAGCUCCCGCUUCCCUCGAGUUCUCCUCCCUCUCGCUGCCCCGUGGCCGUGGAUGAGUUCAGCACCUGCUGGUUGAUGCUGUCGCCUGCUCCAGACAGGAGUGAUGGGAACGAGAUAAGGCAGCCUCCUCCUCAGAGAUAACGUUUUCCAGAGGUGCUGAGCCCCUCUCGGCCCGGCUUUAGCUGCAUGAAGAUCCCGAGUGCUCCCGGAAUCAGCUCCUCAGGUCUAUCCCAGCUCAUUGCCACGAUCUCUCCUGAUGAUAUUUGUAUUUCUUUCCCCUGUGCAGCCAGGCUGUGCGAGCUGGCACACAGACACUGGGAGCCUUAAACACUAAAUGAGGAUUCUUGGGAGGGUUUGAAUUCAGUUCCUUAGCAAAAGCCUAUUUCUGCAUCCUUCACCCCCAAAUUCAGCCUAGAAAUAGCUUCUGCCUGAUUUCCAUUUGCUUUCUCCAGGAUUCCAAUAGCACUUGCAAACUCUAUUCUAAUGGUGUGUCAGCUUUAAUUCCCCUUCCUGCCUCUUCCCCGAGGAUGCAGCAGCAGCACUUGUGGCUGCUGCCUGCUUGGGGAGAUAACAGUGUCCUUCCCUGGGCUCUGAGGGCAGGUGUCCUGUGCCACAGCAGGGCCACCUCAGCUCCCUCUCCUGACAAAGAGCUCUGCUCAGCUGAAAUCCCACCUUCCCCCUCACCAGGGCUUUGCCCAGACCUCUCAUGGCUGUAGGUUAUUCACAGCCCAAAUGGUCACUAACAACAUUGAACUUCCAGCAGAUGCUGCACUCAGUAAAAUCAGAAUUGUGUCUGUUUAGCCCUUAACUCAGAGCUGAGAGGUUGGGAAUGCUGAAUACUGAAACCUGCAGCUCAAGUGUCCUAAAAGUGUCCAGACUUAUUGUUUCCUCAAGACUUACUGUUUCCUCAUGGGAAGCAUCAGGAAUCGUGGAACUGUAGAACCCCAGAAUGCUUUGGGCUGGAAGGAGUUGAAGUUCAUCCAUUUAAAGUUCAUGCCCAGGGACACCUCCCACCAUCCCAGGCUGCCCCAAGCUCUGUCCAGCCUGGCCUUGGACACUUCCAGGGGUCCAGGGGCAGCCACAGCUGCUCUGGGCAACCAGGGCUUCCCUAUCCCCACAGCCAAGAAUUGCUGAAAACCAAACUUCUCCUAAAAUCCUGUGAUUACCUGGGGAAAAGGAACCAUGAUCCCCCAUGUGAAUUUUUGUUUGUUUGAGAGCAGCUGAGGGAGAUGGGAAAGGGGCUCAGCCUGAAGAAAAGGAGGCUAAGAAGGGACCUUCUGGCUCUGCACAACUCCUUGACAGGAGGGGUUUUCCCCCCUAAAGACAUGUAUCACCUAAAGGGAACCUGCAGCUACUAUAAAAAUGUUAUGCUUUAUAAUUUGUAUUGGUCUGAGCUUUGAAGAAUUGCUGACCCCAUGAAUAAAAAACAAAUGAAUUAUUCAAA